GUCUACUCCUCUGGCUAUGAGCGCUCUCUGGAGGACAGAGCCAAUCUCACCUCACUUACAUCACGAUAUGGCGUCGAGUUCGAGCCGACGGCCUCAAAUCUUCGUGCACUUCGAGUUUGGGGUCUCCUUUUCACCUAGGCAUGCUCCCAACCAGCACUCCGUUACCUACACCUCUCGCGGCUUCCGCAAUCGAGCUCAGCAGUUUCCGAGACAAGUUCCGCCGCCCAAUACAAACUAUCUGGCAGAACCCACUUACACAACACGUCAACCGACACGCUUUUCACCACUACCCAUCCAGGAGGACUAUCAACCUCAGCCCCGACCAGGGCCGCCACAAUACGAUCCCAGCAGGAAGCCUCGACAGGACAGCCGAUCGGAUUCAUCGCACGAGAGAGGUAGCUCUGCUCCUCCGCCCUGGAACGACAGUCCGUGGGAUGCCGAGCCCGAUGCCCUGGGCAGUUCAGCGUUACCGCGUCAGAGACCACGCCCCAGCGAUGCCCCUGAUUAUUGGAAGGCAUUGCCUGAAGUUCCCUCGCGCUUCAGGCUGGGAGAAGACGAGCUGCCUUGGUCCGCAUCAGCAUGGCCGGGCGAGUUUGGCAUGCCGGACCGUUCCGAAGUCGACGACUAUUCUUCCGAGCUGUCGAUGAAAUUUCGUGACGUCUCUCUAACAGACGCCGCACCAGACUCCAGGGAUGUGGAUGACUCAGGACGGAGACAAGAGCUGGAGGCGCUGUCCGCGGCAAUGAUGACGGUGGACAAUGGGUUUGAGAACCAGUGGUGGUACCAAGGGGAGCGGCAACUGACAUCUCCGCUGGCAGGAGGCCUGCCCACGUCCAUGGCAUAUGCUACCACCAUGGCGACUGGGGAAGCCGUACCGCAAACGCCCGUGGUCCAGCCCAGUUACGACAGCAGGGAGUCCAUGGGAUGGGCUACCUUCCAGGACGACCCUCACGCCAGCAUGGUGAGCGCUACGGUUUAUGAUCCCAGUCUUUUGGUCUCGCCCUUGUCCGAGUAUGCGAGCCCGCGCAUCCAUCGCUCGAUGACGACGAGGUCGGAGGAGCUGGGACUGUAUAGUUGAAUGACGUUUAUGAAGGAUGUGGGCACUGAAAAAGGAGGUUUUAUUCUUGAUUUUUUUUUUUCAUUUUACGCGGCGUAUGGUUCUCAUUUCACGGAUUGGAUCACGGAGGUUCUUGAGGCGCAUCGCAUCUGUCAUGGCCGAGCCCGGAAACCGGGAUUGCCUGAUUAUGAACAUGGAGCAUAGGAUCAUGUCAUGGAGGAGGAUAUAUCCCAUAAAGUUGUCGAGUCUUGGGGAAGGGAGGGCUACCCAGCUUGACCUGGCGCACAGUGGAAGACCGCAGCUAUUCACUGCUGCCGCUUAACUAAUAUUUUCACGUUUAAAAGCUCUGCCUUCUUUAAACGCGUCGUCUAUCCAAAAAGCGAACAGCGACGUGAGCAGAAUUGAUUGCCUCCGAAGGGCAAAGGCGAUAACAUACGCACACGCAC